CGAGAGAUUAUCGCAAACCCUUACACAAUUACGGCUUCGAUUGCGCGCAAGAUUCAUUGAAGUGCGGAGACUAAAAACGGUUUCACAUUAAUAGGAUCACAACACAAGUGUGCACAUCAGUGCGUUAGUUGAAAAUAUAUUUAACAAAAUGGCUUCAACUUUUGUUUUAAAGACAUUAUUAGUGACAGUUUGUGUAUUGGGUGUAUCAUCAGAACUUAGUGUCAAUGAUACUAAAAUGAUCAGUGAAAUUAUAAAUAAGUUAAACAAUUUUCCUCACACAUUCCUACAAGGAUUUAAAGAUGCUAAUGUUUCACCGGAUUGUUUAAAGGCAAUUGAAGUUUAUGGGAAUGGAAUUAGCAAUACAGAAGAAUGGGCUUGGAAAAUGUUGGAUGCCAUGGCAAAAUUGCAAUCUGGUAUUAUGGAUGGCAACCUGUUCAAUUUAGGAGCUUAUGAUGAAUGUCAAUCGAUACGUGACGUUGUGGUCUACUCAGAGAAUCAAGACCCCAAUGAUGCAGAGUCCAUGACAGUAAUUAACGGAAAGUACUGUUUAGGAAUGGGGCAGUUCUCGGACCAGCUUUCAAUAACAUGGUCGAUGUGCGGCCCAGACGCAUGUUCAGCGGAUGAUUUAAAUAAAGUGAUGGCGUUGGCAAAACUACCAAUUGGUUUUAAAGAAGCUUAUUGUCACGAUCCAAGUAUGGAUCCGGAAAUUACCGGUGGAGAUAUAGCUUUUAUUGUAUGUUCUGGCAUAAUCUUAGGAAUAAUGGUUAUAUCUUCAGUAUACGACGUAUAUCUCAGAUAUUUUGACAAAAAAACAAUUCACCCAUUACUUCUGGCGUUUUCUGUGGUGACCAACGGUGAGAAACUCUUUGCAACCACAGAACCUGGUACAAACACUGGUCAACUAGAAUGUCUUUCCGGUAUCCGUUCGUUCAGUAUGAUGUGGGUUCUCAUUGGUCACCAGUUUAGUAAUAUGACGAUGGUAGCAGUAACAGAUAUGUUCAACAUUUUAAGCUUUUUUACUGAUAAUUGGACAAUGUACAUCCGCGGGGCCACGGUUGCCGUAGAUUCCUUUUUUCUAAUGGGAGGUAUUGUGAUGAUCUACGUCUACUUGAAAUCAACGAAAGACAAACAAACUUUCAAUAUAUUCUUCUACUAUUUGCAUCGUUAUCUUCGUUUAACUCCAGCUUUGGCCGCUGUUCUUGUUGUACACGUCACAGUACUUAAACACUUUGGUUCAGGCCCUUACUGGUUUAUAAUGAACGGCUACGCUUAUGAUUCCUGUAAGAAGUAUUGGUAUAGUGUCUUGUUGUACAUUCAAAACUAUGUGAAUCCUACUGAAACGUGUAUUGCCCAAAGUUGGUAUUUGCAAGUCGACACACAACUGUUUCUUCUCUCACCUCUUGUCCUAUUUCCAAUCAAACGUUGGCCAAGAUUUACUCUUGCAGCAGUUGUAGUAGCUGCAUUGGCGUCAAUUUCUACGGGUUUUGCAGUGUCGUGGGUCCAUAAACUGGUUGAUAUUAAUUCAAUAACUCUGGAUAAUGCUGACACUGGUGAUUUUAUGAAAAUGUACUACAGCGCCACAUAUACUCGUGCUUCCCCUUGGCUAAUUGGCAUCAUAGUUGGUUACUACAUUUAUAAAAUCAAAAUUGUACAAAAAGGAGAAUUUAAAAUGAGCAGGAUGCUAAAUAUAUUCAUGUGGAUUGGUUCACUGAGUGUUUUGGCUACAUGCGUUUAUGUAGACAAAAGUCAGGAUGAAUAUGAUCGUCUUGCAAUGUCUUCCUACAUAGCCUUCGUUCGUCCAGCAUGGGCUAUUGCGCUUUCUUGGGUAAUAUUCGCUUGUGUAACUGGAUACGGUGGUCCUGUAAAUGCGUUUUUAUCGGCGAGGGUAUUUCAAGUAUUGGCACGUCUUACCUACACGAUGUACUUAACACAUUUCACUGUACUUCUUGUUUUGGUUACGUCAAUCAAACAGCCACGUGUUUUCUCCAAUGCACAAGCAAUGUAUGAGUUUUGGGCCAUCUUUGCUCUUGUAUUUGCAAUCAGCGUUGUAUGGACAUUGGCAUUUGAAUCUCCGAUUAUGAUCAUUGAAAAACAUAUGUUUGGUGGUGGUAGUUCAAAAAAACCAGUAGGCGACAAGGCAACAAGUAAACCCAUUGGGGUGACUGAAAAUAUAAAUAUUGGUACCCCAUCAAAUAAUGAAAAUAGUAAUGUUGAAAGUGGUUUACAUCAUCGUUUGAGUGGAAGAGCAAGUAAUCAAAAUGGCAUUGACAACGCUGGCUAUAUUACGGAAAAACCAAACUAAAGUGACUUGUCAAUAAUUUUUGUCAUAAUAUUAUAAGAAAAUGAACAUUAUUGUAAAUAUUAAUUUAAAUAUUGUGAGACUGAAAUAAUAAUAAUGGUGAUAAUUGAAUAAUAAAUAUUUGAAAAAUGAAAAUAA